GAUGCCCUCAAAUUCUAGGGUCUGCUCUACUAAGAAAGGUUAAUUCUGACUAAUUGAGAGCUUUCAGAAUUUACCUUGAUCUGUUUAUUCUGCUGCUGCUCUUUUUACUCUUGUGCAUGAUUUAUGCCAGUCACACUAAACUUGGGGAGUGGCAAAUAACUAUGCAGAAUACUGGAGCUCCACAUCCAGGCCUGGGAAGAUGUAAUUAACUCUCUCUCUCUCUUUCUCUCCCACACACGAAUGCACACCUGUCUCAUUUACCUGCUUAUGCAUUUCAGUGUUCUCCCCUGACUUUCCAUCUCCCCCGCUUCCAUGUUCAUACAUUCAUACAUUCAGGGUGCACCAAAAGUCAGGCCCCCCCAGAGAACAUAUGAUACGAAUAACAUGAAAUGCUCCAAUUGGUUGCCAUUUUCUUCCAAACACUUCCUUACUCCUAAGUACAGUAAUAUUUUCUCUCAAAAUACUAAAAUGAAUAAAACUUUGGGGCCUGAUUGAUGGUACCCCCUGCAGUCAAUCAACCAUCAAUCAAUCAAAUCCCUCCUUAGGCAUGAAGCCAGCCAGAUGACCUUGGGCCAGUCACUUCUCUCAGCCCUGAAAAAAAGGAGGAGGCAGGAGGAGCCCCUUCUGAAAAAUACCACCGGCAAGAAAAUGGCAGGGACUGGUCCAGGCACUUGUCAGGAAUCAAGACUGACACGAAGGUUCGUGUCUGGCACAGGGCUGGUGCUUUACCCAGAAAUUGGGGACAAGCUGGAUAUAAUCUGUCCGAAGGGAGAGCCAUCCAAACCCUAUGAAUAUUACAAGUUAUACCUGGUGAAACGGGACCAAGCAGAGUCCUGCAGCACCGUCAUGGACCCUAACGUGUUGGUGACCUGCAACAGGCCUGAGCUGGAAAUCCGUUUUACCAUCAAAUUUCAGGAGUUCAGCCCCAACUAUAUGGGCUUGGAAUUCAAAAGACACCAGGAUUACUUUAUCACAUCCACGUCCAACGGGUCCCUCGAGGGCUUGGAGAACAGAGAAGGCGGCGUCUGCGAAACUCGCUCCAUGAAGAUCAUCAUGAAAGUGGGACAGGAUCCCAAUGCGGUGAUGCCAGAGCAGCUGACCACAAGCCGGCCCAGCAAGGAUUCCAGCAGCGGGGGGAACGUCGCUACGCAAAGCCCCCAUCACAGAUUCCCCCCUGUUGGGGAGGUCCCAGGGAAGCCAGACCCUGUUAACCAAGAUGGCCAGGAUACCCAAAGACCAACCGAUGGAUUCUUCAGCUCCAAGGUGGCCGUGUUUGCUGCGAUCGGGGCUGGCUGUGUCAUUUUCAUCCUCAUCCUCAUCUUCCUCAUCGUCCUUCUCAUCAAGAUCCGAAAGCGGCACCGGAAGCACACACAGCAGCGGGCGGCGGCCCUGUCGCUCAGCACCCUGGCCAGCCCCAAGAGCAGCGGCAACGCCGGCUCCGAGCCCAGUGACAUCAUCAUCCCCCUGCGGACUACAGAGAACAACUAUUGCCCUCAUUACGAGAAAGUCAGCGGAGACUACGGGCACCCGGUCUACAUUGUCCAGGAGAUGCCCCCCCAGAGCCCAGCUAACAUUUAUUACAAGGUUUGAGGACAGACCUUGCCGUCCUACUGCAAAGCCCUCUGGGUGCCAGGGGAGAGAAGGAGGAGGGUCUGCGUGCCCCCUCAGGCGCUUCCCCUCCCUUGAUUAGCAUUUAGCCUUGUAGUUUGGAGCUUUUCAGUCCCAGGAUUUGGGGGGGGGGUGUCCUCUUGCCCCUCCUCUGCUCACAGCCCGCUUCGUGGCCCUCACUUGGGCUCUGUGCCUUUCUUGCUCUCAAACCCACCUGGGAAACCCCAAGAUGGCCGCCGCUUCGCUUUCGGGGCAGAUUCUCCAGCUUCUUGUUGUUGGGAGGGAAGCCCCACCAAGCCUGGCACUCCAAAGGGGGGCAUGCCAGUCUUUGCGGGGCAGAGCUUUGGGCCUUGCUGAGAAAGGAGUCUGCCUAGCCCCGUCUUUUAUAUAUAUAUAUAUAUAUAUAUAUAUAUAUAUAUAUAUAAUAAUUCUAAAGUAUUUUUUGUAACUUUUUAAAAAAAAUUGUGAAAGAUUGGACUUGUGAGCUGCCUCCUGUGGUUUCCCAGCACAAGCUCAUCUGCAGUCCUUCCCCCCCCCCCACCGCCUCGUCUCGGCCUCAUCCCCUCAUCACACUGGACGGUCAUCUUCUCGUGCUCUGUGUCCACUGUGAGAAAAGUGGACGCUUCUUCCUUUUGGUCCUUUUUGCUAAUUUAUGAAACAAAAAAAAAUUAAAAAAAACCCUGCUGUUUGCAAUGGUCAGUCCAGGAGAGAAUCCAGGUCUGAAAACCAACUGGAAAGGGUGCCAAGAGGAGGGAUGCUGUUCGUGCCCACUGGAGCAGCCCUCCUCCUGGACCGGGGUGCAGAUGCGCGAGGGCAUUGCAAUGCUUGGGGCAGGGGUCUCCCUGAAUUUCCAAUGCUGUGCCCCAGAAGAGCGGAAUGAAGGGAGAGCAUCCGUGGUUGUGGAAGGGAACUCAGCUUUGGGCUCUUUGGGGGGGGCUUCAGGAGAGCACCAACACAGACCCCUCUCUCCUUGCUUGGAUUCGGUCUCUUUUACGCCCAAUUGCAGAAUGUGGCAAUCAGCCACCCUCCCCCCAGUUUCUUUGAUCCAGUCACCCAUCCCAGCACUCUUCAUUGUUUGCUUCCUGCCAGUCAUAUUAAUUCUAAUUGCGACUUCUGUGGCCUGCAAGGACCCUUGAUUGGCCCUGGGCCACUUAAUGGGAGAGAAAGAGCCCCUCUGGGUCCUAGAAGGGGGCUCAGCUCCUCCAGUGGGUGUAAGCGCCAAUCAAAGCCUCUGCCCCCCCUCCCCAUGCAUCUCCUGCCCUGGAGGGGCCGAAAGGAAGCCUGCCUCCCGUUCCCCCUCAUGCCUGCUUGGCUGCAGCAUCCCCGAGCUCCGGGCGCCUUCACGGCCACCUGCCCGUCAUGCCAGAAGCCUUUCUUCGCACGGAGAGGAGGCCGCUGUGCCUCUUGCUCUGUCCAAGUGCGCCUGCCUGUCUCGCCCUCCCCGUCUCCUUUCCAGGAGCGGUUCCUUCAUUGCACCCGCUGCAGCGCCCUGCCCGCCCCCGGGCCAGCCAGGCCCCCAAGGCCGGCCUUCUGCCCAUCAGCUGGCCGGCUCGAGUCUGCCUCAGCCGCUCUAGCGAACAUUGUGGGGCUGGCCUUGUGCAGCACCCAUCAGCCUGCCUGCUAUUUGGAGACCGACUUCUGCAAUAAACUGGUCUGGUGCGGGGGGGGGGAGGCUCUUCUGCCCAGCUAACCAGUUGCCCAUCCUCAGAGACAGGCCCACUGGAGCCCCUCCCCCCCUGGCCCUCCCCGUCAGCAUUUCUAUGCAGGAUAUGAAAAGGGUGUGUCUGUCCGUCCGUCUGUCCGUCUGUGUAAGGGCUUCGGUAAUUGUGCACUUUGAGGCGUGUUCAGUGGAGAUCAGCCAAGAAUUCAAGUUUCUCAGGGCUCCACAGAUAAUCCACAGGUAUUUUUAGUAGUGGUAGUAGUAGCAGUUGUAGUAGUAGUAGCAUUCUUUUUAAAAUGUAAAGACUUCCCAUGACCCCUUAUUAUCUCACGAUAGGGUCCCCUUCGUGGGAGAGGGGCACCGAAGUGAGGGAAGCCCCUCUCUGGCUGGGCGGAGGGGGCUGCCCCUGCAGUGGGAGGCUUUUAGGCCGCUUGCUUUCUCUCCCGCCGCAGAGAUUUGCUUUCUGAAUCGACCAAUUUUGUUCUGAUACUCAGAGGGCCGAACGGCGGAAGUGGCGGGUCAGAGGCCCUGCCUGGCCACUCGUAGAACUGCUGACCCUCACAGGCUCCGGAGCACCCUGGGGAAAGGAACAAGAACCCAGCACAAUCCCACUGAAAGUGGGGAGAGGGGGCGAGAGGAGUGGUUGUGUGGUUCCAACCAUAAACAUUUAGCUUUUACACAGGGUGCAGCAAAAAUAAGGAGAGAGAUAAAAUGCCAACUGCAUUUCUUAAUGCAGGCGCUCAAGGAAACUAAUUUACAAUGUGGACGUCAUAGGAAUUCAGCACGGUUUAUUUUCCUUUGUGUGCAGAAAUGGAAACCUGGGUGAUGUUCCCUUCCUGCUUCACGCCGAACAACAAAACAAGGAACACAGGAUGAGUUCUGUGCAGUGACCUGCAUGCAAUUCAUUUUGUGCAGGGAAUUUUGCCUUGUGUGAAAUCCUCUCCAGUGUGACUUUUCACACACACACACAUACACACACACACACACACAUUUGUGGGGGCAGGGUGGGGGCUUAAUUGCCAGAAGCAAGUGGGAUGGCAAGAGCUUCCAGCUCAAGUUGGGGUUGGGAGGGAGGGACGAUGCUUGUUACCCCACCCUAAAAUGAACAAGGGAUUGAGGUGUGGGCGGCCAAAUAAAUUUGUAAAAUGGGUGUAUGGGGUAUCAAUAUGCCUUUGGGGUCUUGGUUUUUUUUAGCACCUCUCUCUGCUGAAUCCUGAAAUGUCCUUUUGCUUCAUCUUUCUCCCAUCAGAAGGGUUGCUUUUUUUGUUUUUUAAAAACAGAGGUUUUAUUUUAUGUAAAUAAUCAGUCUUUUUUGGAGGGUAUAAAUGUAAAGAGGUUUUGUAUAAACUUUGGAUUAUUUUCUCGUUGCUUUUCUUAGAAAAAGAAAACAAAACAAAUUAAAAAUAUGGGAAAAAAUCAACCACAAGAACGGGUGUUAAAACAUUUGUCAUGCUAUAAUCUCUCUACAUGCAGUUCAUCCAUCACAGGAGUUCACACCGAGGUGUGUAACCAGCACACAGCUCACCUCGUGAAAGGCCGCCCAUCCCCCCUUCUCCUAAAACUUCUGGGGCUCACCAGAGGGGCUGGCUGAUAUCUGCCCCAGGCAGAGUUGAGGGGGCCUGCAGUCCUGAAGCCCCUCGGGCAGGGAUCCUGGCCCUCCCACGCCCUCGACUGGGCUGGUGCCCGAGGGGGCCAGAUACCCGCUCUAGUGCAGGCUGAGCCCCCUUGAGGGCAGCUUUCCGUAGCCCUCAGGGUUGCCUCAGAAUGGCUGCUGGACCCGAGCCAUCCACGGGCAUCCUGCAUGUGGGGCAAGGAAGUACAUGUUUCCCAGGUGCCUGGCAGGUUUGGGGGCUCUGGCUUACUCGGGGGAGGGGGAUUGAGAGCAAGCAGCCCCUGGGGGGAGAUGUGGGGGGGCACAUGGGGGAGAAGGCGUGUUUCCCUUCCCCGAGAGUGCCCUGUGCUACCCAGCAGCCUGGAGCCAUUUUCCCAGCUGCAAGUCUGCAACUUGCCAGUGUUUCUGGCUCUGGUGGGCCUCUGUCCUGGCCUUGGAUCCUGCCCCCUCCCCCACAGGUUGCCCAGAAAAGAGGCCAGCUGGCAGCAAGUGGGCAAGGCUGGGCCUCUCUUAGUCAAGGCUGGGAUGUUCCCAGUCCUGCCUGGUGCUUCAGGGGUUGAGGUUGCCAAUUGGCGACGCCAUAUUGUGUGGAGGGUGGGGUUUUUUGUUUUUUUUUACUCUUGAUUCUGUCACUUUUUAGAAAUUCCUUUACCCUUUAUUCACUGCUUUCACCCAGUUGCCGCAUCAUUGUCUUCAGUAAUAAUGGGAAAUGAAUUCCCUGGAGCCAUGAUGGAACGUGGUAUAUUGUUAAAUAAAGUAUUUUUUCCUAUGGAA